CCGGAAGAAGAAGAAUAAUAAAAAAGAGACACAAAUCUGUAGAGAGAGAGCGAUUAAAUCGAAUGUGAAGCCCGCAGAUUCCCUAUUUUUCUUCCAAUCUGUCGCGUUUUCUCCUGCUCCAUUUGCUUCCCACUCUCUCAUGGCUGCGAUUCUUGAAUCUGCCUGGCUGUAUCUAAUCACAAAUUUCAGUGAUUUUCAACUGGCUUCUAUUGGAACCUUCAUAGUCCAUGAAAGCGUCUUCUUCUUAUUUGGGCUUCCAUUUAUUUUUCUGGAAAGAACAGGAUGGCUGAGCAAGUACAAGAUCCAGGCAAAGACUAAUAGUCCUGCAGCUCAAGGAAAAUGCAUUAUUCGCCUACUUAUGUAUCAUUGUGGUGUAAAUCUGCCACUUAUGAUUGUUUCAUAUCCCGUCUUCAAGCAAAUGGGCAUGAGAAGCAGUCUUCCAUUGCCAUCCUGGAAAGUUGUCUUCGGCCAGAUACUAUUUUACUUUAUUGUGGAGGAUUUUGUUUUCUACUGGGGACAUAGAAUUUUGCACACCAAAUGGCUGUACAAGAAUGUGCAUAGCGUGCAUCAUGAAUAUGCUACACCUUUUGGACUAACAGCGGAAUACGCUCACCCUGCUGAGAUUCUGUUCCUUGGUUUUGCUACUGUCAUCGGUCCUGCCAUUACUGGUCCCCAUCUAAUGACUCUGUGGUUAUGGAUGACACUUAGACUGAUGGAGACAGUGGAGGCUCAUUGUGGUUACCAUUUUCCUUGGAGCCCUUCAAACUUCUUACCUUUAUAUGGGGGUGCUUAUUUUCAUGAUUAUCAUCAUCGGUUGCUUUAUACAAAAUCUGGCAACUACUCAUCAACAUUCACUUACAUGGACUGGAUAUUUGGGACUGAUAAGGGUUUCAGAAAUUUGGAAGCUAUAAAAAAGGCAGAAAAUUGAUGGGAUGAUAGAGAGCGAGGAACACGUCAGGUACAUUUGGAUCAGAUUUGGAAUAGGUUUCUGAUCGACAGGCACAUUUGAAAAGGUUUAGUUCUAUCCCACCUUUAUAGUGUGCCAUGAUUUGUUUUCUGUAUCUCUUUUUGUUGUCUAAUUGCCAAUAUUCUGAAGCUAGUGAAGAGCUUUCUGUGGAACUCUCAAAUGGCUAUAGCUCUUAUUUUCCUUUGGUUCAGUUAACACUUCUUUUAAGUUCAUUUAUCAAUUGGCUUAACAUGAUUGUGUUUCCAUGUCACUUAUGAAAUUAUCUUUAAAAAAAAAAGAUACUAUUUUGGUCCA